UAAACAAUAAAAAGGGUAACGCACGGUUGGAAGCGAGGGAGCGUUUCUGGAGUCUCUCGGUCCAUUUUCUUCACGAUGCGUGAGGGGGACGAAGAGGGGACGAACCGAAGCCAAUCCCCAAGGGGAAGACGAAAUCUCCGGAGCAAAUAUUCCUCGUCAUCUCGCCGUCAAGUGCAUUCUUGAUUCGUUCGUCCCCCAGGGCUGCGUUAGUUGAGCACCGCGCGGCAGAUCGAGAUGUGGAUUUCCUGGGCGACGCGGAUGCGGGCCUCCUUCGGAGCUUCCUUCCUUUGGCUUGUCACUAUGGUCUACUUCAAUCAGGGUUUCAGAUCCUUUGUGUGGACUGCAAUUUCUUACCAGAUGAAAGACGUCCUGAAGUUAUCGCCGUCUUCAUCACAGUUUCUAGUUUCUGUUGCUCAUUCUCCAUGGAGUAUCAAACCAAUUUAUGGAAUACUGUCAGAUUGUAUUCCUAUAAAUGGAAGGAGGAGACUUCCUUAUUUAGUUAUAGCCACAAUUUUAUCUCUUUUACCUUGGCUUGUUCUUGGUCUCGUGACUUCUGCAAGGAGCUCAGGCAAUUUGUUUGCUGCUUUUUUGACAGUACAAAACCUGGGGUCUGCCAUGGCAGAUGUUGUUGUUGAUGCUAUGGUUGCAGAGGCUGUUCAUUCUGAACUGGCAGAAUUUGCUGGCGAUCUUCAAUCAUUGUCGUGGUUGUCGAUGGCCUUAGGAGGAAUUUUCGGAAGCUUGUUAGGAGGAUACACCUUAUCUCAACUCAGAAUUGACACAAUAUUUCUACUUUUUUCAAUUCUUCCAGCCAUUCAGCUCUUGUCAUGCUCUUUAAUCAAGGAGUCUCCAUUGGAAUCCGAUGGAGCACAAAACCAUGAUAGUAAAACUAUGAAAUUCAAAGAUGAUGUAGACCACUCUAACAGAAAAAAUUCUUUCAUUAAAACAUCUAAGACAUCCAAGAGAAAAAACAAGCGUAAUAAUGACAAUAAGAGAAUAAACUUAAAAUAUGAGAGUCCUAUUAGGCAGCCUCGUUCACGACUUGAGAGAUACUGUAUAUCUCUGAAAUCAGCUAUUUGUAAUUUGGUUGGAACCUUCAAGCAGCCUAUCAUCUUAAGACCUAUGGCCUGGUUUUUCUUUUCAAACAUUACAGUUCCAAGCCUCUCAACGGUUAUGUUCUAUUACCAGACUGAGGUUUUGAAGUUGGAAGCAUCUUUUCUCGGUACUGCACGUGUGAUUGGGUGGAUUGGACUAAUGCUUGGUACAUAUAUAUACAACAGAUAUUUGAAGCACAAGAAGCUAAGAGAAGUCCUCUUGAUGGCUCAUGUUGGACUUGGGAUUGGAUGUCUUCUCGAUAUCAUUUUAGUAUCCAAAUUGCAUAAUCAGUUGGGCAUACCAGAUAAACAUGUGGUUCUUUGGGGAUCAGCUUUCAGUGACACAAUCCGGCAAUUCAAGUUGAUGCCAUUUCUGAUACUCUCGGGUCGACUAUGUCCCCAUGGGAUUGAAGGAACCCUUUUUGCACUCUUUAUGUCCAUAAACAACUUGGGUUCCACCUUGGGAGCAUUCUUAGGUGCUGCUUUGGCCUCAGCGCUGAACAUAUCAUCGGACUCUUUUCAUAACCUGAUCUUUGGCAUUUCUAUUCAACUAUUGGCCACUCUGUUCCCCAUAUCCUUUCUGUUUUUGAUCCCUAAAGAAGCCACAGGAUUAGCAUCAUAAUCAGACAAAGAUAUCUUAGAUGAAAUUGUAGCGAAAAGAUGUUUUUUUCCCAUAGUUCAAGUUUAGAGGUUGCGAAGCAUUAUUCUUGUGGUAGAAAACUAAUGCAUUGUUCACCUCCCAAAUCUAUACGCUUGCUUCUUUUUUUCUUUCUGAAAUGAGAAUUACUGAAGGAGUAUACAACUUCAAUUGCAAAAUCCAGUUAUUUGUA